AUGUCGGAACCCCAGCCCAUCACUCAACCUACACAGACGACGCCCUUGUUGGCCUCAUCCUACGCCCAGGAAGUCAACCCCUUCCAACGGGAAAUCAGACGGAGAUCCUCCGUUUCCAGCGCCAACAGAUACCGACCUCCUCGAGGAGCCAUUGGCUGGUGGCAAAAGUCGGUCAUUGUGGUGAUUGCCGCAGUUCUCUUCAUUCUGCUCAUGAUCUCCUUACUUACCCUGGCUACAGACCACGGGCGGGACUGGCGAUGGAAGGACUAUCCCGGCCAUGAACACGAGCCAGGUCAUAACCACACCACCGUUUAG